AUGGAUGAUGUCAACCCCAAAGUUUCAAUUAAACCUCAUGUCAUCAAGCAAGAUCCAAAAGAUAAGGAAACGUUAUUCAGCAAUGAACCCAUUAUUGACAAUGACGAAGACGAAGAGCCUGAUGAAGCUGAACUUAAAAGGCGGAAGGCUCGUGAAGCAGAGUUGGAUGAAAAUGCUCGUAUCUUCAAGGAGGCUGAGGAAAAAGAAAGUGCUGAGUUGGAUGAAAAUGCUUGUGAAGCAGAGUUGGAUGAAAAUGCUCAGUAUUGGUUGGAUCCUAUUGCUUCCUUUGAUGUCCAAAAUUCACAGGAUUCGUAG